AAGGGUUGGAAGGUGCGAGGAUUUUUUCACAAGUCAUAAAAUUAAGUGCCUAAAAUACUAAAUACAUAUAUAUUUUAAUAAACUUGACGUCGAUAUUUGUACGCUUUAUUUAGUUAAUUUACAACAAAUAACCUUGUCAACAUCGUUGUUGUCAUGUGACGAGUCCAAAAUAAUUUUUAGGAUAACUCAAGGUCUUCAUCUUAACCUAUCACAUAAUGUGCUAAGGAACAAAGAAAAGUGCCGGGAAGUGAUUACCUAUUAUUUUAAUGACACUAUUCAAUAAAUUAUAGAAAGACAUAAACCAAGAUGAAUUCAGACCACUCAAAGAUCUGCCGGUUGUGCCUUGGGGAGGCAGAAGUUAUGUGCCCCAUCUUCAACUCGUACUCCAAAAGCAAUCCACAAACACUGGCUUUGCCUCAAAGGAUAAUGAGCUUCGCACAGAUUAAAUUAGAUGAGAACGACGGCCUUCCUUCCUCCAUUUGCUACCAAUGUUUGGCCCAGGUGGAUAAAUCAUACCAGUUCAAACUACAGUGUGAGCAGUCCGAUGCCACCCUCAGGCAGAGCUUGCAGGACCAAGCAGAAUCCGGAGAUGAAGGCGGAGACUGGGAGAUGAUGAAGUUCACCCCGGAAGUCAUCAUCAACGAGGGAGAAGACAACAGCGAUGAGGCUCAAGAAAACGGCCAGCCUGGCGAAAGCGACUCAGACCAAUCUGGCAAGAACGGCAACUACCCUCUGUCCGAGGUACAGGCACUGCUAAGACACCAUGGGACGGAGAUAAGGCUGCAGGCGGUGAACGGGAACAAACCUGCCGCGGCCAGCUCUCCUGUGGAACACAACGGAAACUACGAGUCACCUAUGGAAGAAAACGGGAACGGAGGCGAUGGUCAGAUGGAUUACUAUCCUCUGUAUGGUGUGGCGGCCAUGUUGAACAACCAUGCUAACAAUAGUCCUGCCUACAGUAACGGCUCAAUGAGUAUGUCACUGCCCAAUCUACUGCCUCGGUUGCCGAUGAGUUCCGCGUCGCUCAGCUCUCUGCUGCACCGCAAAGGCCAGCUACGGCCAGAUCUGUCCUUCAUGAGUCAGGGAGCCAAUGGACUGCAGAAGUCUCGCAGGUCGAGAGACGGACAGAAGUUGUUUCAGUGCCGCUUGUGCCCCAAGUCUUACUCCUUCUCCUCCGCACUGAGUCGUCACAAGGCAGUGCACAACACUGAGCUGCGACCGCACAUCUGCAACAUCUGCAAGAAGAAGUCUCGCAGGUCGAGAGACGGACAGAAGUUGUUUCAGUGCCGCUUGUGUCCCAAGUCUUACUCCUUCUCCUCCGCACUGAGUCGUCACAAGGCAGUGCACAACACUGAGCUGCGACCUCACAUCUGCAACAUCUGCAAGAAGGAGUAUCACUGGUCGAGAGACGGACAGAAGUUGUUUCAGUGCCGCUUGUGUCCCAAGUCUUACUCCUUCUCCUCCGCACUGAGUCAUCACAAGGCAGUUCACAACACUGAGCUGCGACCUCACAUCUGCAACAUCUGCAAGAAGUGCCGCUUGUGUCCCAAGUCUUACUCCUUCUCCUCCGCACUGAGUCGUCACAAGGCAGUUCACAACACUGAGCUGCGGCCGCACAUCUGCAACAUCUGCAAGAAGGAGUAUCACUGGUCAUGGGACAGACAGAAGUUUUUGUCAGUGUUGCUUGUGUCCCAAGUCUCCUUCUCCUCCGCACUGAGUCGUCACAAGGCAGUGCACAACACUGAGCUGCGACCUCACAUCUGCAACAUCUGCAAGAAGGGUUUUGCUGACCCUGAGAAGCUAGAACGCCACAUGAGGACUCAUGUUAGUGAUCAGCUGUUUCCCUGCGACAUCUGUGGACGAGUGUUCAAGGCACUGGCGACGUUCGAGAGACACAAGUUGAUGACGCAAGGCAAAUGUCGCCAGUUCUCCUGCGGCCUGUGUGGCCUCGGGUUCCAGAACAAGACCAAGUUGAAGCUCCACCCUUGCAAGGCGGCCCCGCACGACCGAUUGUACCCGUGCCCUCAGUGUAGUGAGGUGCUUAACGGCAGAGACGCCUUCGAGGCUCACAUCAUCUCACAUACUGGCAUGGCUGAUAGAUCGCUCAAUGCACAAGCUAUCUCUCUGAUAACUACAGGGGACAACGAUAGAAGAUCCAUCUGAUGUCACUAAGUACAAGUUAAUGUAUAUAAGGUUCUCAGGCUCUCUAUUGUACACAUUGUACAUUAAGUAAUGCGAAUGUUGCUUCUAAUUUAUUUACAGUUACUAUUGAUUCUCGUCAGUAACAGCUGAUGCCUGACUUGAACCAGUGAGAAACAAGGUAUGUGUAGCAUAUGUCUUUGAGUAAGUAGUGAGAAAGUGAUGUUGGAUAAAUGGCCAUCAACUUAGUUCUGAGGUAAUAGAAUUAACAUUGAUUGCAAGGAUUUGCUUUUCUCGGCUUAAGACGACUAUUUAAUACUGGUGCAGGUUGAAUAUUUUUUAAGUAAAUCAGUUUACAUACCUAAUAUAUCUGCCUUAUACAAGCCAUAUUUCACCCCUACAUGUACUAACAUUUUUUUUGUACAUUUAAUUGUAAGUACCUCAUGUAGGGUUCAUCAUAACAAGAAUGCUUCUGGAUCAAAUUUUUUGUGAGUUUUUUGAUUUUUUAAUUUGUGAUAUUUUUAUUUUUUCUAUAUAUAUUUUUUUGACAAUGCGUGUCGGAAUGAAUCAGGGUUACAAACAAUUUAUUUGUUUAUCACGACAUUACAAUUUAGCGUGUAAGUGUGUAUCUAAUUUAUUUUAGUGCUUUGCGGUGCCAGUAUAUUUUCGAUUCGUGUUUGAGACAUGUCCAAGGGCAUUUAAAUAGAUUGACAAUAAUAAGUGUAAAGUUAAUUUCAUAUGAGUCUGAUACAGAAAGUAUAUUUAUGAUUUGGAAAUUAAUUACUUUUACCUCAGAGUAUUUUCAAUACCUCACAUUGUUAAUGUUAUAAGUGAAGCAAUAGUUUUUAUACAAAACUUAGCGAACACAUUAGACUGUUUAUUGUAUUGUGUAAUAUAUAUUCAACUUUUUGAUUUUUGGCUGAGUUGCACAUUCGCUUGGAGUACAUUAGUUUUUCAACAAGCAUUUUUUUAUAGCAAAACUUUGAAACUCUGCUACAACUAGUUUUAUGUGCUCGCUCGUGUAAAGCACAACAUACCUCAAACAAUACGUUUCUAUCUCAGAUUGAGCACAUACAGUUAUUGUUAUAUUGAAACUGUGCUUGCUGUAGCAAUAUUGAACAAUCAUUUUUUCAGUCACAUUUUGUGAUAUAGUAUUAUGUUUAUACUAUAUUUUACACAUAUCCCUGCAGAGUUUCCACUCAUAAAACUUUCAUUUUUCUGAAAAUUAUAAUUUCUCUGUCUUUUAAUAUUUGACUAUUUGGACAUUUAUUGUUACUCGGCUCCUGUAUUCGUAUAUACAUUACUUCUGGCUAGGCCCAGAGGUUGCGGCAAUAUCACUUGGUAAAAUAUAUUCGUGAUUGGUGGUUUUAUCCUCGGGGACACUCCAGCUCUCUCCCGAUUAUUUGACCCAGUGUUUUGUAUUUAAUUAAAGUUACCUUCUUUGCAGCUAGUUCUAUAAAAAUACAUGCCUUUUUAGUAGUCAGAAGGCGGUCUCUCUCUACAUCAUUUUAAUAUUAAUUUUAUAACUUUAAAAAAUACUCUAGAGAUGUAUUUACACUUGAAGUGUAUUCUUAUGUUCAGUAAAUACGCAAAAACAUUUUUGUUGGUAUCUUUUUUGUGAUUUUAAAUAUGUGAUAUUAUAAUAACCAGUGGGACUUUUAGCAUCAUGAAUCACGCCUAAUAGAUAACAACUAGUGCACCUGUUGCUCGAAUUAGAGCAAUUGAAAAGUAUAACAGGCAUUAUUUCAAAACGAAUAACAGUAAUAAUUUCCUAUGUAAAAGAGUCAACUCCAAGAUGAUGUAGUCAAUCACUCCACUCCAGUUAUUGAAACUGAAA